AUGUAUGAGCAUAUCUCCCUCUUCCAGACGUCCAGUCUCCCACAAUCCCACUCUACGUUACUUUGUGAUCGAAAUCAGAAACGCUCGAAGAAGAAAGCGGAGAGCUCUUCUCCAAAAGUUGUUAAAAAGUCAAAGAAGAAAGAAGAAAGUUAUCCACCUCCAAUUAUGGCUAAGAAGCCUGAGGAAACAGUUCUACCCUCUCGAACUGGUCUAUUCAAUAAAUUGAAGAAGAAGGAACGUCCAUCAUCUCCUGCUUACAUGGUGAAACCUCAGAUUACUAGAACUGGUGUUAUUUUUCGUGAAGUUCAAGAACCUGUGUCUCCUGCAUCGAAGAAAAGACAGGCAGAGGAUAUAGCAAAACAUAUUUCAAAUAAAUCGAGGAAGAAACUUUGA